GCCUCUUUCGGUUAAUCCGGUUCCCUGUGCUGUCAUUCCAUCAGAGGCGCUUCAUCACCUGUCUCUGCUGCCACCGUGGGAAUCAUACGUUUUAUUUAACAGAAAAAAAUAUACAAAAAUGGCAAGCAGCUUCUCCAGAAUCCUGACCACCCGCCGGAAAAUCGGUCUCCUGUCUGCGGUGGGGGGUUCAGUGACGGCUGGGUUUCUGAUGCACCGGGAACAUGUCAAGGCUGGAACUCCGGUCCGCAGGAGUUACCCCGCCAGUGCGGAGUACCCUGACCUGCGCAAACACAACAACUGCAUGGCCUCUCACCUGACUCCGGCCAUCUAUGCCAAGCUGUGUGACAAGGCCACUCCCAAUGGGUACACGCUGGACCUGGCCAUCCAGACGGGCGUGGACAACCCCGGGCAUCCCUUCAUCAAGACUGUGGGCAUGGUGGCAGGAGACGAGGAAUCCUACCAGGUUUUUGGAGACCUGCUGGACCCUAUCAUUAAAGAGAGGCACAACGGCUACAACCCACAGACCAUGACGCACCCCACCGACCUGGAUUCCAGCAAGAUCCACUCGGGCAACUUUGACCCGCGUUACGUGCUCUCGUCCAGGGUGAGAACGGGCCGCAGUAUCCGAGGGCUGAGCCUUCCCCCUGCUUGCACCCGGGCGGAGCGCAGGGAGGUGGAGAGGGUGGUGGUGGACGCCCUCGCCGGCCUGAAGGACGACCUGGCCGGAAAGUACUUUAGUCUUACCCAGAUGACAGACGCAGAUCAGCAACAGCUCAUCGAUGAUCACUUCCUAUUUGACAAGCCUGUGUCCCCCCUCCUGACCUGCGCAGGCAUGGCUCGUGAUUGGCCAGAUGCUCGUGGUAUCUGGCACAACAACGAGAACACGUUCCUGGUUUGGGUGAAUGAGGAGGAUCACACCAGGGUCAUCUCCAUGGAGAAGGGAGGCAACAUGAAGCGGGUCUUUGAGAGGUUCUGCAAAGGCCUCAAGGAGGUGGAGCGUCUGAUCCAGGAGAGAGGCUGGGAGUUCAUGUGGAACGAGAAGCUCGGCUACAUCCUCACCUGCCCCUCCAACCUGGGCACAGGCCUGAGGGCCGGCGUGCACGUCAAGCUGCCGCUGCUGAGCAAGGAUCCCCGCCUCAGUAAGAUCCUGGACAACCUGCGUCUGCAGAAGCGCGGGACCGGUGGCGUGGACACCGCUGCUGUGGGCGGCACGUACGACAUCUCCAACCUGGACCGCCUGGGUUUGUCUGAGGUUCAGCUGGUGCAGACGGUGAUCGAUGGCGUGAACUACCUGAUCGAGUGUGAGAAGAGACUGGAGAAGGGCCAGGACAUCAAGGUGCCCCCUCCCCUUAAACAAUUCAAGUAGACACUGACCCCCCCCCCACCCCCACCCCCACAAACCUCUGGGCACACACAUGCACAAACCCCCCCCCACACACUCUGUUCCCAUAGAUAUUAUGAAUAUCUAUGUAAUCUCUCAUUCACUACCACUACUUAUCUCACCCCCCCUCUACGUUCCCUACAGUACUCCUCUCUAUAUAAUAUAAUCUAUACGCAGAUAUGAGGCUAAACCAAACCCAGAUUACUGCAUUCUUUCAGAUGCUUUUGAAGGGUUUUUAUAUUAAACUCAAGAUCAAGCGUAGCUAUAAAAUGGCAGCAAACAUUUAGGAAGGAUGCACAAACUACAGGCUGUUGUAACGGAGCAAAAAUGGCCACCAGUGUGCCCAUCUCUGCAUGGUAUCUAAGGCUUCUGAAAACACUCCUCGGCCCACUUAACCUGGCUGUACCUCGCCUCAGUCCCUUCCUGCCGCAUGUCCUAUACUCAGAAUAUCUCCUCCCCUCGUCCCUGUGUGAUGGUGCCUCAUCUUAUUGUGUGGUGCUUGUGUAAGUCCGUCCAUUUGUGCUCUUACUCUCCAUCGUAGGUCGUGUUUCUGUUCACUGUAAAUGGUUUUGAAUGUAGAUUAACCGACGGAAGAGACUCCAGAGGAUUUGUAUGUUUGGUGACACACUGCUGUCUAACUGUGGUAACACACACUGGCCGGGCUGUACUGUCAACAACAGACGCAAUAUCAUUCCAGCUCAUCUUGAAUGUCACACUAUAAUAUGUUUUAUUAAAGAAAACCUCUAUUUAACAGUA